AAGACCAGGUGAUCAGCUGUUUAAAGAUGACAGCUGAUCCGGUGUGCGGUGCGUAGCGCGGCGCGAUUUGUGGUGGAAUGAUUACGAGACACAUCGCGUUUUGAUAAGGAGGAGGAGAUAACAGUUGAAAAAUGGCUACGAGAAACUUAACCGAGCCCUUCGUUUUAAUGCGAAACAACGCUCUGCAGAGUAGACACAUUUACGCCGAACAGAAUCUUACCGAUCGUGUAGCACUGGUGGAAUCAGACUCCGGUGCAUCCGAUAAUGUUGAAUUGAAAGGGGUGAGCGUGGACAGUGGUGCACCACCUGCAUGGGCAGAUGCUUUGGAGGAGACGCAGUACAUCCUAAGUAGAUUACGAGUGAAGAUAGAUAGUCUGGUCGAACUGCACUCUAAACAGUUAACCAGACCCACUCUGGACGAUACAUCUCAGGAGGAAAGACAAAUGGAACAAUUGACACGAGAGAUUGGACGUGCGUUUUCCAGUGGCUAUAGACAAGUACAAACAAUUAAGUCAACUGGUAGGCAUGAAACUAAGCCUGCGGAACGUCGGUUGGCUGCCAGUGCAGUUAUGGCCCUUUCGACCGCCUUACAGGAAUUAGGUCUUCGAUACAGAGCUGCACAGAAUCAUUAUUUGACACAAGUGAAAUCGAGAGAAGAAAGGAAUAACCAGUUUUUCGCAGAGGACCAGUCUCUUUUAGAUAACAUUGCAACCGAUUCCUGGUUGACUGAAUCGAAUGAGGCAGCUGGUAAUUACUGGCAAAGAAAUGAGCAGAGACAGGACUCAGUUUUAUUGCAAUUAGAGGAACCUGAGGAUAGGAUGAAAUUAGCAAUGGAAAGGGAGGAACAGAUUGGAAAUAUAGUUCAAAGUAUAGGAGACUUAAAAUAUAUUUUUAAGGAUCUUGCAGUAAUGGUACAGGAUCAGGGUACCAUUUUAGAUCGCAUCGAUUACAAUAUCGAGCAAACGCAAGUACAAGUACAAGAGGGUUAUAAACAAUUAAGAAAAGCAGAUUCGUAUCAGAAGGCCAAUAAAAAAUUAUACUGCAUCGUGAUUCUCGCGGCUGCUAUUAUAUUACUUAGCUUCUUAUUCGUUAUAUUUAAGACAUAGAAUCAACUCUAUAAUUAGAAUAAAAUUAACGUAAAUAUAUAUUGAUUAUACUUGUUGGUAUUCAUCAUCAUCGUGUUCCUUAAAAUGAAAAACAUCUUUACAGAGAGUUUGUUGUAUAUAAUGAUGGAAAGCUAUUUUUUAAAAUAGUACAUACAAUUUUUCUCAAGUGUUAUUGUCAAGAAUAUAAGAUUAUGACAAACGACUGUUCGAAUCAUCUGUUCGUUGGGUAAUAUGAUAGAAAUAAUCAACUAUAAAUGUGACAUUAAUGUUUUUAAUCAAUGUUAAUUUUUUGCUCUUGCUUGUAUAAAUUAGUUUUGAAACAAUUCUCCUCAUAAUAACCUCGUAACACUUGUAAUUUUAUCUAGAUGAUUCUUCCGUGUACUUUAAUUCUCCUAAUGUAUACCAGAGUGAUUGCAAAAAAUAAUAGGUUUAGAAAAGAAUAAUUUAUUUACCUCACUUAACUGUAUAUUUUUUAUAGCGAUAAAUUAUAAAUUAUUUUUAUUUACGUGUAAUAACAUAGAAAGAUAGAAGAAAAUACGGUUUAACUUUUUAUAUCUAUAUUGUAAACUGUUCUGUGUACAUCCAAUUGUUAAAUGAACAUUCUAUAAUAAAACAAUGAUCAAGUCAUACUUAUUCUUUUUUUUACGUAUACAUAUACAGAAUGUUCUAUAAGAUAUUACAAUUUUUUUUUUCAAAACAAGAUUCUUUUCUGAAUCACUAAAGACUUUUAUAUGAUAAACGGGAUUGUCCAUUGCCGUUCCUUCAGGAUAGGCAGGCGAUGAUCUCUUUUACUUUUGAUUUAAAUAAAAAUCAUAUACUACUUCUUAUAUAAAUCGGUUCCUCGUUCUGCAUGUAAAAAUAUGUAUCUACCAAAUAUAAUGUGCUCAAGAUUUA